CUGCACGCCCCGGGGGGCCGGAGAGCGGGGCGAGGACCCGGCCCUGCCCGUGUGUGCAUGCGUGUGUGCGCGCGUGUGUGUGCUGUCGUCAGAUGCCGGGAUCUUGUUCCUCUUCCCUCUAUCAUCUUCUUAAUUAUACAUCAUGAGGGAUGAAGACAAAGCAAUUGAAUGUGAAGAUUCAGAACCGUCCACAGGGAUGAGUCACACAGCCUCUGUGCAUCAAGAAACGCAGGAGGAGACAAUUAUGAACCUCAAAGGUACAGAUGGAAAUGAGCCAACAGAGGGAAGUAACCUAUUGAACAGCAGUGAAAAAAAGCUACAAGAAACACCCACUGAAUCAAAUCACUUACAAAGACUGAGACAGACAUUGGCUUGCCCUCCUCAUGGUUUACCGGACAGAGUAAUAACAAACGUCACCAUCCUUGUUCUUCUGUGGGCUGUAGUUUGGUCAAUGACUGGCAGCGAAUGUCUUCCCGGAGGAAACUUAUUUGGAAUUAUAAUCCUAUUCUAUUGUGCCGUCUUUGGAGGUAAACUUUUGAGGCUUAUUAAGUUACCUACACUGCCUCCACUGCCUCCUCUUCUUGGCAUGCUGCUUGCUGGGUUUCUCAUCAGAAAUACUCCAGUCAUCAGUGAUAACGUACAGAUCAAGCAUAAGUGGUCUUCCUCUUUGAGAAGCGUAGCCCUGGCUAUCAUACUGGUUCGUGCUGGCCUGGGUCUAGAUUCAAAGGCCCUGAAGAAGCUGAAGGGUGUUUGUGUCAGACUGUCCAUGGGUCCCUGUGUCGUGGAGGCCUGCACGUCUGCUCUCCUUGCCCACUUCCUGCUGGGUUUGCCAUGGCAGUGGGGAUUUAUACUGGGCUUUGUUUUAGGUGCUGUUUCUCCAGCCGUUGUGGUGCCCUCCAUGCUCCUUCUGCAGGGAGCAGGCUACGGUGUGGACAAGGGCGUCCCGACCUUGCUUAUGGCUGCCGGCAGCUUUGAUGACAUCCUGGCCAUCACAGGCUUCAACACGUGUCUGGGCAUGGCCUUUUCCACAGGCUCCACAGUUUUUAAUGUCCUCAGAGGAGUUUUGGAGGUGGUAAUUGGUGUGGCAACUGGAUCUCUUCUUGGAUUUUUUAUUCAGUACUUUCCAAGCAGUGACCAGGACAAGCUUGUGUAUAAGAGAGCAUCCCUUGUUUUGGGGUUCUCUGUGCUGGCUGUGUUCAGCAGUGUGAACUUGGGGUUCCCGGGAUCGGGAGGACUGUGCACUCUGGUCAUGGCUUUCCUCGCGGGCAUCGGAUGGGCCGGCAAAAAGGUGGAGGUUGAAAAGAUAAUUGCAGUUGCCUGGGAUGUUUUUCAGCCCCUUCUUUUUGGACUGAUUGGAGCAGAGGUAUCUAUUGCAUCUCUCAGACCAGAAACUGUUGGUCUUUGUGUUGCCACCCUGGGCAUUGCGGUAUUGAUACGAGUUUUGACUACAUUUUUGAUGGUGUGUUUUGCUGGCUUUAACAUAAAGGAAAAGAUAUUUAUUUCCUUUGCGUGGCUUCCGAAGGCCACAGUUCAGGCAGCAAUAGGAUCUGUGGCUUUGGACACAGCAAGAUUACAUGGAGAGAAACAGUUAGAAGAAUACGGAAUGGACGUGUUGACAGUGGCAUUUUUGGCCAUCCUUAUCACAGCACCAAUUGGAAGUCUGCUUAUUGGUUUACUGGGCCCCAGGCUUCUCCAGAAAGCUGAACAUCAAAAUAAAGAUGAAGAAGUUCAAGGAGAGACUUCUGCACAAGUUUAGAGAUGAAAGGAGAGAAUGCUGAACAUAAUGAUUAGAAAGCUGCUACUUUUAUCAAGAUGGAUAAUGAAGUAUGUAAUGUUUAAGCUUAAAAUCUGAUAGAACCAAAAGUGUGACUAUUCCUUUAAACAGCAUUUUUAGCCCUUGCACUUAACAUAUGAGUGGCAACGUUUAACAUCUCCAGCCCAAUUUGUCUACCUUUUCCCCCAAAUAUCCUUUCAUCACAUUUCUUAAUUUAUAUAAGGACAUAUCUACUUUAAUGUACUACCACAGUUUAAAAAUAGCUUGGGAAAGACCAACUCAUUAUCUUCAGCUAGGCAACAGCUUGCUUGAAUGUACUUUAAACUGUCACCGUUUCAUGAUUUGCAGUCACCUAGGCUCUAAUUCCUUGAAUUGUUUUUGGCUUCUCUUACUUUUGACUUUGUUUUUACACACCUCAGUGCAGUCCCUCAUCAAUUUCUACCCUCCCUUUCCCUGUCAAUGUGCCUGGUCUCCCUUUCUACCUCUUAUUACCUUUCUGUGAAUUAUUGUAACUGAUUGGUCCCUCCGAAAUGUUAACGUAUAUGGAGUGUCUUCAUUGAUCCACCCUCUUGCCUCAUCCAGAUGUAGAAAGACUUUAUCCUAUCUCCUGGCUGACAACCACGAGUCCUCCAUUUCACUGGCCCAUCUGAGUCUGCUUCCCUGUACAGUGUGACCCGAUCCAGUCCUUUCUGAUUCAUUUCUUGUGACCCACAUCUUCAGGCCCUUCCCGUUCUCUAGGUGAGAGAUAGCUAAUUUUCAAAUCUAUACCAGCCUCAUGAA